AUGAACACAGACACAACAAUCUCGUCGACAACGACACCGUCUCUGCUAAGCUUCAAUACUCGCAACGCUACGCCUACAUCGUCCAUAUCCGAACACACAGCCAGCAUGACAGACACAAACACCGGCGUUGUCGUGGACCAGCUGCCCCUAACCGUAGCGCAAGCCCCGUCCCUCUGCAGGCUCUGCAACAUGCAAUUGCUCGGCCUGCAGACGUGGCGAGCGCAUGUCAAAAGCGACGGGCAUGUCUAUAAGCUUCGAAUCAAGGUAGCACAACCAGGCGGUGCCACACCGCCGCCGCCGCCAUCCCCCCCUUCAACAAAGCCGGGUGAGAAAUGCGCCGCACCACCACACACUCGCAAGUCGCACGAGCCAAAAGUCGGCGCUGGCCAAGACCAAAACGCCGACAGUGACAGUGACAGUGACACGGAAUACGAACCGUCAGUGCCGGAAUUCAAUCCCGGGCAGUGCCUCUUCUGCGCGCAACAGUCGGCCGCGCUGGGCGACAACAUGGCACACAUGGCCGCGGCGCACGGCUUCAGCGUGCCGUUCCGCGACCGCCUGGCCGUCGAGCCCGAGACGGUCGUGCGGCACCUGCACUUUGUUAUUUACCGCCGCCGGGAGUGCAUAUGCUGCGGCGCGCGGCGGAGCACCGCCACCGGCGCCCAGCACCACAUGCUGGCCAAGGGGCACUGCCGCUUCGACGUGUCCCCCGCCACCGGGGAGCUCUACGAGAUGCCGCAGCGUAGGGAUGCCGUGGCUGAGCGGGUGCGGCGCGGCGUGGACGUGCCGGUGCGCCUGCCGUCGGGAAAGCUCGUCUGUCGCCGGGGGAGCCUCGACGCGCAUGAGCCUCGGGCCGCGAGGCGACCGGAGUCGAUGCCGGGCCGGGCGCUGGACCCCGUCGCCGAGCGCGAGGCGACGUGCCCGAAUACUACUACUAGUCUUGUGGUCGCCCGGCGGCGGGCAGGGGGCGGAAACGGCCAAGUUGUGCGUACGUGUGGCAGCGAGGCACUGCUUGCCGCGCAGCUGUCGAGGCUGCAGGUGGCGGGGGAUAGAGCACAGCGCAGGGUGGAGGAGCGCAAGCGGGGGAGGCUCGAACGAGCGAACAAUACCAUCUUGUUCAAGCAUUACAGACUAGAUGCGGGUGAUGGUCGGAUAGGUCGUCAAUUCUAG